GCUAACUACUACGGUGAAAAGUGGUCUAUAAGCGAGAGUGUUUCCUUGUGCGUGGAAUCCACUGUUGCUGUUGAAACUGAGCACCUCCAAAAACCAAUGUAAUUUUAGUUUCUGUGAGAGUUGGGAUAUAUCACAGACAAACCGUUCACCAUGACAAGUAGUGGAGUGCUAGAACAGCAUCGCAAGCUUGGACUGAAGACGUUGGACCUGAAAUGUCAGUCGGUGGAAGUGGAGGGCACAACGGAACACGAGAGAGUGUCCACACUGCUCCCUGAUGGUAAACUCAUCUCAAAGUUUUUCGACGAUGUGGAAUCUCUCCAUGACUGUUUCAUGCGUGGAUUGAAAAGCUCUGCUAACGACCCGUGUUUAGGAUGGAGACCGGAACCAGACAGUCCUUAUUCCUGGAUUACAUACAAUGAGGUUCACACACGAGCCAGAAAUUUUGGUUCGGGGAUGAUCCAGAAUGGCAUGGCGGCUGGGAAUGAGACGUCCAUCGGCAUUUAUUCGCAGAAUAGGGUAGAGUGGGUGGUGACCGAGCAAGCGUGUAACAUGUAUUCCAUGGUCAUCGUGCCACUGUACGACACAUUAGGACCAGACGUGUGUCAGUAUAUCGUCAACCAAGUCGAGUUGAGUCUCGUGGUGUGUGAUACGUCAUCAAGAGCCGAGCUUCUGUUGAACAAGGCAGGAGAUAUGCCGGGAUUGAAGACGAUUGUGCUUAUCGAUGACGCCACAGACUCGGUGAUAGCCAAGGCUGAAGAAUCCCAGAUAGAAAUUCUGCGCUUUGAAGACGUUCUGAAACUUGGUGCAAAUAACCCGCAGGAGAAAGUGCCUCCAGGCUAUGACGACCUAAGCACAUUGUGCUAUACCAGCGGUACGACGGGUAAUCCAAAGGGUGUCAUGCUCACUCACGGAAAUAUUCUGGCGUCUGUCAGCGGAAUGUUCGGCGGAAUGUUCGCAUUCGCUGGGAUGAAUGAUUUGAUGGGGAUGUAUAGAGAAGAUGUUUAUAUAUCUUACCUUCCGCUCGCCCAUAUCUACGAAAGGUUUGUACAGGCUUGUAUGUACGCCUGCGGUGGAUGCGUGGGGUUCUACCGGGGAGAUCCAAAGAAACUCAUGAGUGAUAUUGCUGUCUUGAGACCAACUGUAUUCUCCUGCGUACCGAGAGUCAUGAACAAAAUCUACAAUGAGGUGACUCAAUUAGUUGCUCAGAAAGGAUGGCUGGCCAAGUUUUUGAUGAGAACGGCGCUCCGAAUGAAAAUGAAGGAGAUGGAAGGUGGCAAAUUCAUAAAUGAUGGUGUUUGGGACAAAGUCUUCACGAAAGUUCGGAAUUUGUUAGGUGGUAGAGUUCGGUUUAUUACCACUGGUGCCGCACCAAUAUCCCAGGAGGUCAAGAUGUUUUUCAGGUGUGCCUUUGGAGCACUGUUAACGGAAGGAUACGGCCAAACUGAAAACGCAGGUGUGGGUACAACGACCAUGUUCCAUGAUUUGAGUGCCGGCCAUGUUGGUUGUCCUUCCCUGGCCUUCAAGUUCAAGCUGGUUGAUGUUCCGGAGAUGGACUACUAUGCUGAUAAAGAUCAAGGCGAGAUUUGCAUGAAGGGAGCGGGUGUCUUCAAAGGGUAUUACAAGGAUCCCGAGAAGACAGCAGAAACCAUCGAUGCAGAUGGAUGGCUGCACACGGGUGAUGUAGGCCAAUGGAUGCCGAACGGACAGUUGAAGAUAAUCGACAGGAAGAAACACAUCUUCAAGAUGGCGCAGGGCGAGUACAUUGCCCCAGAGAAGAUUGAAAACGCUUACAUCAGAAGUGAAUAUGUGUCACAGUGUUUCGUGCAUGGCGAAAGUUUGCAGUCACAUGUAAUCGCCAUCGUGGUCCCUGACGAGGAUGAAUUGCCGAGCCUUGGCAAGGCUAAAUUUGUGCAAGGAGACUUCAAAGAGUUGUGUGACAGCGAGGUCAUUAAGGAUGCAAUUCUUGACGAUAUGCUGAAGGUGGGAAAAGAAGCCAAACUGUUCAGCUUCGAGCAGGUAAAGAACAUUUACUUGGAGUCCGAGCUGUUUAGUGUGGAGAACAACCUGCUCACCCCUACAUUUAAGUCGAAGCGUCCAAUUUUGAGGAAACAUUAUGCUGCCCAGAUUGAGAACCUGUACAGACAAAUCAAAUUGACGAGAAUGGAAAGCGUGCCUUACGAAAAGGGAAACAAUCUUUAAUUAAAGGGGGAAGCACUCUUGUUUCUUUCUGGCACCGUAUAAGAAAAUACCGUGUUUAGCAUAGAAUUCUCUCAACGUAUGUCAGCUUUAAUAAGUAGUAUGAAAUAAUUCACUCUGCUUACCACCAAAAUGAUGUGACUUAUAGGUUCCAUUCACAAAAUACAUUAUACAUAAAGAUACUGAUUCAAUAGCUGUAUUGUCAAUUCAGGGACUUGUAUAAAGAAGAACGGUGUGGUUAUCAUAAAUACUCUUGAAUUCGUGUGAAACCGAAACUUGAAUCUGAGUAUAACAGAAAUCCAACAGGCUAGACUGAACGAAUAAAAUGAGGAUUAAUUAGAUUUGGGGAACCUUAGAUUAACAUCUUUGUGAGAGAUUUGUAUUUUACUUUUGACCAUGGUGCUGGGAUAUAUUCUACACAAAUCUGAUUUUGAAAUUAUGGUGACAGUUCUGGUAACCUUUACUGGGGUGCUUCCAUGUCUGAAGGCCCAUCACACGUGUGUUUUGUACAGCUCUGAACACCUCACUAAAGAGCAAUUAAUUAUGUGUGAGAAAAACCAUAGUGAGCUUUGAAGCGUCCCAGUAAUGGUGGAAAGCCAGCCCAGUAAUC